CCCGUAAGCUCGUCUCUAACAAGGUUAAGCCAUGUUUUAGUUGAGGCUUAAAAUUCUCCUAUAUCCAUUUAACAUAUUUCACUCCCACCCCUCGUCCCGCACGAGAUCUUCGACCGCCGGACCUCUGCCAAUCUUCAGUUAUCGAAACUUGCUUCUCUACAAACGCGGCGAUCACCGCACCGGGGUGGGGUAGCAUCUCGACUGCCUGGGCCAUUCCGGAGAGAGAGGGGAACAGUCUUGAUCCGGCUCUCCCUCGAGCAUGAUGUCCUAUAUCAAGCAACCUCAUUACGCAGUCAAUGGGCUGACCCUGACCGGCUCGGGAAUGGACCUCUUGCAUUCAGCCGUUGGAUAUCAAACCACUCCACGGAAACAGCGCCGAGAGAGAACCACCUUCACCCGCGCCCAGCUGGACAUCCUGGAAUCUCUCUUCGCCAAGACUCGCUACCCUGACAUCUUCAUGCGGGAAGAGGUAGCGCUGAAGAUCAACCUACCGGAGUCCAGAGUUCAGGUCUGGUUCAAAAAUCGCCGAGCCAAGUGUCGCCAACAGCAGCAGCAGAGCAGUGGCCAAGCCAAGGCCCGGCCAACCAAGAAGAAGAACUCGCCAGCGCGGGACACGAGCUCCGAGACCAACGCCAGCGGUCAUUACAGUCCCACGCCUCCGUGCGCAGGGGUGACUCCCAGUUCGACCUCCAAUGCCACCGUGUCUAUCUGGAGCCCGGCCUCCAUCUCCCCCAUCCCGGACCCCCUGUCCUCCACAGCCUCCUGCAUGCAGCGGUCCGCAGCCUACCCCAUCACCUACAGCCAGGCCCAGGGCUACAGCCAGAGCUACACUGGCUCUUCCUCCUACUUCAGCAGCCUUGACUGUGGCUCCUACCUCUCCCCGAUGCACCCUCAGCUCUCUGCUCCUGGUGCCACACUCAGCCCCCUGGGCACACCGACCAUGGGGGGCCACCUCAGCCAGUCCCCGGCUUCUCUAUCUGCUCAAGGUUAUGGCUCCACUGGACUGGGCUUCAAUACCGUUGACUGCCUGGACUACAAAGACCAAAGCACCUCCUGGAAGCUGAACUUCAGUGCGACUGACUGCUUGGAUUACAAAGACCAGACCUCUUGGAAGUUCCAAGUCUUGUAAACCAGCUGAUCAAGCGAUCAAACCACUGUAUUUCUACCCCCCACCUCUCCCCCCCUCCUUCCCUCCACUAAACCCUCUCGAACCCAAUCGAUGCAAAUCAUAGAAGGCACAAAGCUGGUGGACUCUGAAAGUUUUGCAAAGGAGUUUCAGUAGUGGUGGUCAGUCUGGUCGACGGUCAGAGCUGAACUGGUGUAGGAAAAAAAUCUCUUCCACCUCAGCGUAACAGAGCGAUUUGUGUCGGGGGUCUGUGUUAGCCAGAACUUUGCAAAGACAUCAACGAUCUUGGAAAAAUCUCGAAGCAGUUUGCACCUGUUCACUCCAAACUUCCCCGCUCUCAAUGAACUGCUGCUCGCAAAUGCUUUGAGGGGGAAAGAUUUCCACAGUCAGGGAACACUGACCAGAACCUACCAUUUUACUUUCUGCAUUAGAAGAAGACAGAAAAGCAGUCAAGACAGAUUGGCUUUCUGAAUGCAAACAACCCUGCUGCAUAAACACUGCUGGUGUUCAGCUGAACUGCUUGGGUGGGUGCAGAGGUGGGUUAAUGAGAACAUUUAGUUUGGUUAACCUAGUCAAAGUAUCUUAGGACUUCUCCCCGUCUCAGUAUGUCCCUUCCUCUUUUUUGUGUGUGUUUUUUUUCUUGUUUCAAUUUUUUGAGACUUUUUACAAAACAAGAAUUACCUUAGAAGAUUAUUGACAGCGAGCUAUGGAUUAUAGCUUGUUAGGUGAUUGUGUGAGAGAAGUGAUUAGCAAAUUUGUAGAAACACACAGUCUCACUCAGGGGAUGUUUAAAGAUAUAUGUUAUUUAUACAGAGGAGGAGCUGGCUCUAUAUGAGAAUUGGCACCUGUUCCUCCAGUCGUAUUUUGCAAUAUCAGCCUCCUUGUCGCGAAGGUCAGUGACACUGGUAAUGUAUUGGCUUCAUGAGGGAGACCCGUUCCGGGGAAUUGUUCUUCCCUUGGUCGCUCUUCUGGGAGUGCCCAGCUGUGGGGGGACACGGAGCUCUUCCCCACUGCUGUUCCCAUUCUUAUUGUCCAUUUGGGAAUUCUCUCUUACCCUUCACAGAGCAACUAAAUUCGAGCAACAGAUGCACACUUCCUGUGGGAGAUGGCGUCAGGUUGGGAGGUGCCGAGACCCAUUCCUUUAGUUAAGGAUGUUGCUGGCAAGGCCAACUUCCAACGCCCCCCCCCCCAGCCCUCAUCUCUUGAAAAAGUAGGGGAGGGGGGUGGCAGAGCUCUCUGUGAUCCACGUGGUGAAGGUGUUCCCACGGUGCUGUUGGGGAGGGAAUCCAGGAUUCGGAUGCAGUGACAAUGAAGGAGCAGCGAUCUAUUUCUGAGCCAGGAUGUUGGGUUUGGGAGGCGCUGUCAGAGAUUUGGGGGGGGGGGGGGGGAAUGCAGCGGGAGCUGAGACGUGGUGUGGUGUCCGUAAGGAUGGCCAUCGUUCUGCACCACAAUCCUGCCCAUUGUGGGCUGUGACCAGGCUGAGGCACUCGUCUACCUCCUUUUGAACCUGAUAUUGUGAAAGCAGCACGGGCCGAAGCCAGGUAUCCCAGUCAAACCAGUGGUCUUCUUCCCCUUCACUUGCUCCAGGCCCAGUGCUGACCGAGCCACCACAGAGGUGAAUGUUCAGGUGAGAAAUUGUUGGUGCCACACACACCUUGCCCCAGGAUGAUGGGGCACCCAAGGGUGAGAUUGGAUACGUUGAGAUGAAUUUUCAUCUCUUGGGACGCACCAAGGUAGAAAAAGAAUGGGAUGAUUGUGCAAUGGGAUUCCAAAACUGGAGACCUCAGCAUGAUUUUCAGAUCUGCAAAGAAUAUCUGAGACAGACUUUGUUCGUCUCUCUUCCUCUUGGUCAUUUCAAAGCUUAUUUAUCAGGAGAAAACUCCUGCUCAGAACUUGAAAGUCAUAGAUUUUUUGUUUAAGAAAGAAAACUGGCUCUUGGCCAUCUUAAGGGAGCAAGAGCAAAGCAAAAGCAGUGAGAUUCCAGAGCUCAGAUACCAAUGGUGGAAUGAUGUAAUGGGAGAUGAGCAAGAGGCCAAAACUGGGGGAGUGUGGCAAUCUCAGAAGGUUGUAGGAGUGGAGCAGCUUGCAGUGAUGGGGAUGGGUUUUGAAUGCAGGGAUAAGUGUUCUGAAAUGAAAGUGUUACCAGUCUGAGAACCAGUACAUGCCAACGUACACAGAGUGAACGUUUUUGCGUACAUUAGAAUGUGUAAGAUCUGGUUCUCCGGCUUCACUCUCUUUAAUUGGUAGAGGGGGGCUACCAAUCAGUGUUAAUUGCCAGCAGUUUAUGUGUGGGGUAAGCAUAAGAAAACAAGAAAAUAGGAGCAGGAGGAGACCAUUCGGCCCCUCAAGCCUAACCUGCCAUUCAAUAUGAUCAUGGCUGAUCUGUCCCAGGCCUCAUCUCCUCUUCUUUGCCAGUUCCCUGUUGCCCUCAAUUCCCCAAUCUUUCAAAAAUACCCCUAAUAAUCCAGCCUCCACACAGCUCCAGGGUAGAGAAAUCCCUGAGGUUCACCACUCUCUUUGAGAAGAAGUUCCUAUACAUCUCAAUUUUCAGUGAGGCAUUGCUGGGCCUGUUACUCUGUGCCCCUCAUUUCAGGCUCUCCCACCUGUCGAAACAUCUCAACAUCAGCCCUGUCAUGCCCUCUAAGGAUCUUAUACAUAAAGGAAAGCGAGGGAAGGGUUUGCAGAUAUUGUUAUGGCUAUUUUAGGAAAGGAGGGUUUCAGUAAUGAUUGCAAGGUUGCAAAUAUCAUUGGCACAAAAACAAUGUUUGAUUGCAUCAACUUGCAUGCUGAAUUCACAACCCUCCUUCUGUAUAUGGACCUCUUUUUUAUCGUUUACAGGGAAGACAAUGUUUUUUUUGGGAGAGGAAACACAAGACUAACUUCCCCUUCGGUGGCUUCACUGGAAUAAAGUUGGGAAAGCUUUUUGAAGGGCAUUCAGUAAAUCUGGGCACUCUCAAGUCUGACCUUCCUGGCGAGCCACAGAAAGACAAUGUUUUUAUUGUUUAACUGCUGGGAAACGCUGUUGAGGGUGAGGACCGGGUCACAUCCAAUCAAACCACUGGUCCUGAGGCACAGUUUUCUGCUGCACCCGUAUCCACUGUUCCGGUGUAAAUAUACACCACAAAUCUGCCUAUCUCUACCAACCAAGGACAAUCUCACCUUCACAUGAAGCUGUAUCUUAUAUAUUUGUAAAAGAAAGGCUAAUAAAUAGAACAGCAAUAAUUUAACAUUAAAUAGAACAUCUCAUCCAGUUAUUAAAAAAAUAACUUUUACACUGGGGAUUAAGUAAAUCAUUUUUUGUCAGUUAAAUUGUUUUUAGUGUUACUUUAAAGCAUAAAAAAAACCUAAUCCCUUUUUAGAAGUACAAUGUUUUGCUUUGGUAAUAUGUGCUAAUUAAGUAGCAUGAAGUAGGCUUUGCACAGA